UUAGGGCAAAUCCACCGCUAUAGGAUAUAUUUUCUAUAGUAAAAAUGGGAAAAGUUUGCAUCGUAAACAGUUGCCAAAGUGGGCGUAAGAGGAAAAAACAGAAAAAUGUUACGAAAUCCGUAUCUUUUUUCCAACCAACGGUAAGUAUGUAAUUUUCACUACACCUUAUAAAACAAAGUCCCCCGCCGCGACUGUCUGUUCGUGGGUUUGAAUGUAUCUUUGCGAUAAACAAACUACUGGACGGUUUCAGUUCGAUUUUCAUGUAUCAAUAGAGUGAUUCUUGAGGAAGGUUUACGUAUAUAAUUUGUUGACUAUAGUUCGUUUUUUUUUAGCAUUAGAAAGAACUUGCAAGAAGGUAAGCGAUUUUGACAUGUCUUUUAAUUGAAAAACGCUUUUUAAAAUUCAAAAACUAUUACUGAUGAAAGCAGAAGAAUAUAAAUGAUCGUAUUAGAUUCAUAAUUGUUACAUAUUUGCCGUAACUUAUUUUUAAAAUGUGUUUUUCAAUUAAAAGACACAUCAAGAUUGUUUACCUAAUUUCUAAUGCUAAAAAAAACGAACUAUAGUGCGAAGCCGGUCGCUAGUUAUUUAAUAAAAUAUUAUAUUGUGAUUUUUAUAUUUUUCUUAUAAAAUUCACAAUUUCACUUCAACAAUUCUUCAUUUUUCUAUUAAUUCUCAGACUCCGGCACGGUUAGAAAGUUGGAAAAAGUCGUUAGGAAUUGCAUUAAAAGCAAAUGAUUAUAUUUGCCAUCUUCAUUUUAAAGAAGAAAAUAUAAAUAUGUACGAAAAGUUAACUAUUAAAGGAGAGCUCAAAUAUAUUCCUACACAAAGAAAAACGCUUAAGGAAGAAGCUGUGCCCACGAUUGAGCAUCAGUUUAUUCCCAUUCCCGAACAUGAACUCCAAGCCAAUACUAUUCACAUAGAGGAAUCUUUCGAACCAUACCCCAAUCAACCUAAGGACGAGCAGCAACAACAAAUCAAUGCCGAGCAACAGGAAUUAUCAGAAGAUCAAAAUGAUUCUAAUAAUUUAAUGGAUUAUGAAAUGAUACAACAGGACUUUGCGGAACCAUUGUUUAGUCAAUAUCAGGAUACUAAUGUAACAAUUAAUCCAAUAGAGAAUUUUAAAAGUAAGUUUCGGGCAUUUUCGUUGUUGCCGCCUUUUUGGCUACAUGCAGAAAAUCCUAAUGGGCUGGAAUUUAUGCGAAUGGAUCCAAAAACUCAGAAGAUUAAACAUCAUAUACGUUUAAACGAUGAUCUAACUGUCACUGUAAUUUUUCCCAAUAAUGAACAAUUGCCACUAAAGGAGAAAAUUAAUUCAUAUGACAACACCUACGAUUACUUAAAAUCGGUUGAAAGAUGGCCUUUGUGCGUUGGUACUCAGAUUGACGACAAUAAAUUUUGUAAAGGUGUGAUUAUUGGUGAUGAUACUUACGAAAGAAAUCAACAGUACCCAAGAUGUAAAUCUUGUCGAAUAUUACGAAAUCGUUUGCAGAACCGUAAUUCCACUUCAACUCUAUUACAAAAAAUGGCAGAAGCUAAACGGCGCGCUUCAAAUCUUGUACAUAAAUGCAAGCGUCUGAAGAGGACGACCCCUUACGGAACUGUGAAAAAAAGACAUUGGGAAGCGGUAUUAGAGGAAGAGAAUUAUCGUCAGCCUAACUUAAAAAUCGCUUACAAGUUAACACCAGCGCAUUUGAAACCGAAGGGUUUUCAAGUAAUGAAUGUUCCUCUUGCAACUGAAGUGUUUGGUCACGAAAUUUCGGUCGCCAUGGCUCACUAUCAACCCUAUUGCGAGGAAUUGAAGGAUUCAACUGCAACACAAAAAUUUAUUGAUCUUGUAUUCAAUUUGAUACAAGCUAUGUCUUCGCGUAUACCAAGAGAUGCUCUGUACGUGAAUGAAAAUUGCAGACGAAGAAAGGCAAUCCAGGAAUUUUUAGAAUUCCUUGCAGACUGGGAAAAGCUCGAAAAAAAAAAUACCUGUGUCAAGGAGCACGUUAACUGGAUUAAAAGUAACUUUACGGGCAACACUUGAAAUUUUGGAUAUGCUGAAUGUUGCAUGUGAUUACAAGUAUUUGAUGACAGCAACCCUAUCUCAAGAUCCGUUGGAGAGAUUUUUCUCCGUCAUGAGAUAUUCGUGUGGAGGAAACGAUCACCCUGAUCCCAAAAUGUUUGCACAAGUUUACCGAUUGGCGUCUUGUUUUUCCCUAAUACGCCCUCCGAAAGGUUGUAACGUUUCCGGCAAAGAUUUGCUGAAGAACUUACUAGGAGCAAAGGAUAUGGUAACUGGUUCAAACGAGGCUAAGCAAGCAUGGCUGGAAAGCCUCGACCAUAUACUAGAUAAUGGUGAACCAUUGAUUGAUGGUUAUGAAGACCAUGACUACAACGAGGCUGUCACCAGUGACGCGGUGCAGUCUUACAUUGCUGGGUACAUCGUCCGCAAAUUGCGAAAAAUCGUAAAAUGCAAUAAUUGUUUGAAACCCAUACAAAUGAGUCCCAAUGAGGGAAAAAUGUUAAUGAGAAACGACGUAAUCGAUAAAAUGGAUUUAUACGGCGGGUUAAUUUAUGCUAGUGACGAUCUAUUCAAUCUGACCAAAAUGAUAGAGAAAUGUGUGUUAAGAGCAAUAAGCAAAGCUUUAACCAAUAUGGAGACGAUCAGUGAAAUUACGCAAGAAUUACAAAAAG